AUGGCUUCAAAAACAAAAUUGUGCGCGGGAUGUUUAAAUAAAAUAACUAAUAAGGACUUUGUAACAUGUUCACUUUGCAAAGAUAUAUAUGACACAGUUUGCGCUAAUAUUUCUCACCAACGCCUUAUGCUGCUGGAGAAGGACAAGAAAGAGAAAUGGAUCUGCCCUGGUUGUAGGAAUAAAGAACGAAAGGGUGACAAUUUAAACACCCCAAUCCAGUCCAGAACGGGCCCGCGAGACCGUGGUGAUUCGUCGCAGGAAAUUAGUACUCCUAACAGUGAUUACAUAACACAGCGUAAAAAACCUCAACUACCUAGUAAUCAGAAGGUGAGCUCACCUACACAACCCGGAGAUGAAUCCUUAAUGCUAACAAUAAGAUCAGAAAUUAAAUCAUCAAUGGGAAAUUUUUUAAAUCAAGCUAUAGAGGAGUCAUCUAUAAAAAUGGAUUUAAGAACUAUAAAAGAGGAGUUAAGUUCCUUAAAAGAUAUCAAAAGCGGGCUUGAAUUUUUAAGUGCGGAAUAUGACAGAAUGAAAAAAGAAUUAAAAACGUCAGAAGAGCACAUAAAGUCGCUUUCAGCUGAAAACAGCAACUUACAUACAAAAGUGAACGAAUUAUCAAAUAGACUUGUUUUACUUGAGCAAUACUCGCGUGAGACGAAUAUUGAAGUGAAUGGUGUUCCGGAAAGUAAGACUGAGAACUUAAUUAAUGUUGCCAAACAAAUAUGCAAUACUGUAUCUAUCUCUACCGAUCUCAUCGAAUCAGCUACCUGUACCAGAGUUAGGAAGAUGAACGAUUCAAAUAAGAGGCCCCGCGCAAUUAUUAUAAAACUUCCUUCAGUAAAAACUCGUGAUGAGAUACUAGCAGCGGUAACGCAAUUUAAUAAAAAGAACGCAUCCAAUAAACUAAACACAGGACACCUGGGAUAUAUAGAAAACAAGUCGCCUAUUUUCGUUUCCGAACAUCUAGCGCCGUAUUUUAAAGCUCUACAUGCGAGGACUCGUCAAGUUGCUCGAGAAAAGCAAUACGAUUUCGUCUGGAUCCGUAACGGCCGCAUUUUUGUUAGAAAAAAUGACCAGUCCCCUGCAAAACAAAUAAAGUGUUACGAUAACCUAAACAGACUAUAA